AUGGUUCGGUGUAAUGUGAAAGGAUGUCUAAGAAGACCAGAAAUAGAUAAAGACCAUUCUUUUUUUUUAUGGCCAAAAGAAGAACGAAUACGCCAACAAUGGAAGAACUUUGCUCAGUAUAAGGGGUUUUCAAACAGUUUACGAAUUUGUUCCGAUCAUUUUGAAAGACGUUAUAUCAAGAAAAAUACACCACCCAAACGACUAUUAGUAUCAAAUGCUGUUCCAACUUUACUUCCGCCUGAUAAUAUUUUGAAGAUGCCCAAAAAUAUGCCAAAAUCUCCUUUGACAAAUUCAACUGCAAAAAAUUUAUUGGUAAACGUCAACAAUGACGAAGUUAUAUUUGAACGUCCGGCUUUGAAAGAUGAAUGUUCGCAUAAUGACAGAGGCAUUACUUUUGAAGUACGCAAGGCUACUGAUACGGAACCAGCUUUAAUUAAUAUUGAAACAAAUAGCUUUGUGAAAAUUUCAUUAAGAGACGAACGAGAAAUCGGAAAGUCAACGGAACCACAAAAUCCAGAAGCAGUAAUACAGCCAACUGAUAGUAAAGAACUUAAAUUUAAUGCAGCAGAAAAACUUUUCAAUAGUGUGGAGGCAGCCUCACAAAAUGAUACUAAUAUGCCCAUAUUGCUUACUAAUUCUGAAGAACUAAAAUCUAAAGCAGCAUUGGAAGAGUUGCCAUUCAACAACAGGGCGGAAACGCUAAACUUGAAUAUUUCGCCUGAGACUCCUGCGCAAUAUAGUACGCCUAAAAAGAUUCAUAAAUUUAUGCGUAAGUUUAAACUUUUUUCAAAAAAAACGCCGUGUCAAAUAAUCAGAUCACCAAAGAAUGCAGUAUCUUCUAAAGUAAUAAAAAUUGAAAUGUUAACGCCUAAAUCUUUAAGACUGCAUAAAGGGGCUAGAACGAUAGGUCGAUUGCGAAGCCAAAUUAACAGGAUGGAGAAAAAAUUUGCUGUGAAAGAAAAAAUGAAGCAAGACGUUGAAUCAAUAAUAAAUGCGUCAUCAAAUUAUUUGAGUAAGAAAGCUUUAGUAUUAUUUGCAGCCCAAUUACGCUUAUCUGUGAAGAACAAAUAUGCUAAACGCUACAGUAACGAGGUAAAAGAUAUUGCAUUGUCUAUAAAAUAUCAUUCCCCCAAAACUUAUAAGCUUCUGGCAAAAUUUCUACAUAUACCAACUAUAAGGACUUUGAAUGAAUAUCAAAAAGAUUUUCCUACCACUCCAGGUUUAAAUUUUACUGUAUUAAAUCAACUUAAAGAUACGUUUGCAAAAAACAAUAUUGAAGAUCGUCUUGUUAGCGUUUUAUUCGACGAAAUAAGUUUAGCCACUGAAGUUCACUAUGAUGCGGCCAAAGAUAUGUUCCACGGUUAUGCUGAUGAUGGGGAAAAGCGUUCAAAUGAAAUAGCACAUUGUGCAUUAGUAGCAAUGAUAACUCGGAUUAAUAAACCAAUGAAGCAAAUGAUUGGAUAUUGGUUUCUAGGAAAGAAAGGCAAUUCAGCGAAAACUCACAAAAUAAUGGUUAAUACUAUUGAAAAAUUGAAUGAGACUAGUCUUAUCGUCAAAUGUUUAAUUUGUGAUCAAGGAACUAGAAAUACCGGACUGAUAAAGAAGUACAAAAUAACUCAAGAUAAACCUUUCUUCGAGUUUACAGUUGGUGAUGAAAAACGCAAGAUUUAUAUCAUUUUUGACCCCCCUCAUUUGAUCAAAUCUUUCCGCAACAAUCUAUUUAACAAAAGAUUUAAAUACCGAGGUGGAUACGUAGAUUGGAAACUGAUUUACAAAGUUUAUUUGUUGAGUAUAACCAAAUGA